GUACCAUUUUGUGGGAGUCGGUUGGGGCCCUUAAUGAUGUGCUUUGAGGGUGUGUUUGCUAUGGAUGUGAACCUUGAGUUGGCUACUUUUUCACGGAUGUGCACCCAUACCUUGAUUAUGCUUGUUUGAUCGAGUUUUUGACCCCCGAACUAUGGAUGAAACCAUGGUUCGGCUGUUUUCUGUUCUUAAGUGUGGGGGUGUGAUUUACCUUUCCUUUGGCUCUUUUGGUUCCACUUUGGGUUGUUCUUUUGCAGGAGCAUGACGAAGCCCGAUCUCAAGCACCAGUUUAUUCGAGAUUUGAGGAGGGGCCCCCACCGGGAUCGUUUUAAGAGCGUCCUGGCCUGCAAGUUUGGGCAGCAUCAUUGCUGGUCCAAGCGGGAGUUUGAGAAGCUGAACUGCUACGAGCACUUCUCCGCCAUUGUCACCAACCGCCCCUGGCGCCGCCUACUCUGCAUUUGCGAGAAGGUUUACUACGAGCUCGUGCUUGAGUUCUACACAACCUUCCAGCACACCGACACGGAGAAUUGGAAGGACGGAGAAGCCGUCAAGUUCAGGCUCGGCGGUGCACCCCCGAUCCAUGAGCUACCACGAGCAGGCGGCCGCCCUAGACCUCGGCCUGGUCGAUGAUAGGGACUACGUCACCGAGCUUCUCGAGCCAGAGGGGGUGAACUUCAAGACACUGUACACCCGCCUCGCUCGGCCAGGCCAGCUUCCCUUCUCGGCGGGGAAGACGAAGGCCAGCACAUUGCAGCUUGACAACCGCAUUCUCCAUCACUUGCUGGCCAAGUCUUACACUCCAGCCUCGGACAGUGCCAGCGCCAUCACAAAGAGAGCCAUGUACUUCAUCCAGUCUAUGCACCAGAGGGAUCAUCCCCUCCACUUGGGUUCGGUGGUGGCGAGGACCUUCGACAAGAGUGCUUCCGAGCUGAAGAAACUCCACUGCACUCCCCUCAUCACCCGCCUGGCCGCCUACUUCCAGAUAUCACUGCAGGGGUGCACAGAGCAGGGAGACACCAGUGUCUUUGGCUCAUUUACGAUAGGUCGCAUGCAACUGCUUCGAGAAGGGUGAGGAGUCCAGUGGAUCGAGGGGUUUCCUCAACCUCAGAUCCCAGAGGAGGACUAGCCGGAGGUUCCUGAGGUGCGGAUGAUGAGUAUGUCCACCCCGAGGAUGUGGAUGAUACUGCUGCCGCCCUCCCCACCACCUUCGAGUACGGGGGUGGCUGUUCCACUUUCCCCCGCCAGGACUACUUCAUUCAGCAGUUCGAGCAGCUGCGUGUCCAGAAUCAGUAGCUCUACGACCAUCAGCUCCAGUUUCAACAGCAGUAUUCGGCUCACCAUGCUGAGUACCAGACCCGGUUGGCUGCGUAUAAUGAGCGCCUUGAUCGGAUGGAGACCUAGCAGGGGGUGACCCUGGCUCGCAUCGAGAGAGAGCAGGCCCGAUCUCGGUGCAUGCAGGAGGUUCAGUAGCACCUGCUCCAGCUGCUACCAGGCGAGCAGCCAGUCUGGAGGACUCCCUGGGAGGACUCUCCACUUCCACCUCCAUCAGCUGAUGAUGAUGAUGAAUUCAUGAAUGACAUCGAUCUGGACAACCUUGGUGACGAGUAGGCAGUACUUGUCGCCCCUCAGUGUGUGUUUUUGUUUAGACUUUUUAUGUUUGCUCCAUGUGUUUGAGGAGCUUGAACUAAGUCUGUCGGUUGUCUUUUGUCCUUUUUCCUUUCUUUUGUGGAUUGUUAUUUUGUGGCCAUCUGGGCCAACUCUGAUCCCUAACGCACGGUGUGCUAGUGUGUUCUUGAUGUUCCUUUAGUGCAGAAAUGCCUGUUCGUUCCAUAUGUCCCCGGCUGACUGGCCCACUUCCAGUCUUCUGCAGUAUUUCAAUCCGGUAACAUCGUCCCCCUUAUCUCUCUCUCUACUCCAUUGAGGGCAAUGUCGUGCUUAAGUGUGGGGGGGGGGGGGGUGCUUUGUAUCGGUUGGAAUUUGUAUACGUGUGCUUGGAGCCUAGUCCGCUGUCCAAAUCUUGAGAUUUGAGGGCUCCAAGUACAGCUGUUUGAUCAUAUUGGCACUGUGUUUGGAUUGGUGAAUUGAAUGGUUUUCGGAUUAAUGCAUGACAACUGGAUGGUGACUAGGGCAACCUAUAAUGAUGAUUGAGACGUGCAGUAGAGUUGUGUAGGGGUUCAGUUUUUCAACUGUUUGCUUACCAACUGUGACUUGAAUGGAUCACUUGUUCUUGACAGUAGUUUAUGCAUCUAGUUCAGGGAAUCAGAAUGAGAGAUAGAGCAUAUAGGUAGCCAUGUGAGAUUUGAGCCUGCUCGUUUCUUUCUUGUGCGAUAGUUCCCUCUUCCAUGAUGUGUAGCAUUCACGUUGUCAUUAGCUAAGAUGAUGGAGGCAUAGGAUUAGCCCACGACCAAAUUGACUGUCCUGGUGUGUCAUACCCCCUAGUCAGCCCCUUUGAGCCGUGUGUUCUCCUUUCUUUCGGUCUACAAUGAAAAAUCCCCUUUUGCAUCUUUUAGAAGGUUCCACAGAGUGAUUUUUGCAUGUUCUCUGCUGUUUCUGCUAAAUGUAAUGUGAGAGUCGGAGGUAGUUCUUAAAAAGUUGGGCAUGUGUUUGAAAAAUGUGCAGAGGUGGUGGUUCUCUUAAGAAAUGGAAAAAAUGAAAGAAAAACAAAGAAAAAAUGAAAGAAAAAGAGAGCCACCACCAAAAAUUUGAAUAAUGCCCAUUAGGUAGUGUUUCUUAGCAGUCUGGCUUAGAAAUACUAGCAUUUAUGUGACCUCCUUCCCUCUUGUGCUCUGAAGAAUUUGAGUAAUGCAGAAUAGCAGAAAGAAAGUACUGGUUUGAUUGACUGUGAGUUUGUUGGGUUUGGAAAUGUGGAACCUUGUGCUAUGAAUACUUCCACCACCUAAAAGGCCUUUUCUCCAUGUCCAAGACCCUAGCCAGUCGUUUGAACCUGUGUCUAAGACCUCCGGAUUAGUUAAUGAUGACAACCAUUUAUGUGAACUCUAACAUUUAGAGGCUGCCGUCAUGGUGAAGAGAUGUUAGGAAUUGAGAGAAUAAGUAUGCGCACUUUUC